AUGGCAUCCUUUCUCAGUUACUUCAACCGCAGAGAUAGCGGAAAUGCAUCAACGAAACCUGCAAUGGACAAGCCGGCACCCGUGAGAGCACUCCCUGCAUCAUGGUACACUUCUGCCGACAUGUAUGAACUUGAGCGUCGUGCCAUCUUCUCCAGACGCUGGCUCCUCAUCACACACAAGCUACGCCUCACUAAGCCUGGUGACUUCCUCCGCUACGAUGUAGCUGGCUUCCAAUUCGUCCUUGCCAAGGACCGUCAGGGCAACAUCAACGGCUUCCACAACAUUUGCCGUCACAGAGCGUACCCCGUUGUCGAGAAGACAGAAGGCACAGCACGCAUCUUCGCUUGCAGAUACCACGGUUGGUCGUACGGCUUGAACGGAAAGCUCGCAAAGGCACCAGACUACCAGGAACUCGAAGGGUUCGACAAGGAAGCCAACGGACUUUUGCCCAUUCACGUCCACGUCGACAAGAACGGUUUCGUUUGGGUCAACAUGGACGCGAAAGCAGAACCCGAGAUUGCCUGGGAAGACAACUUUGAUGGCGUCGACGUGCAAACACGUUACCAGCAAUUCGACUUUGAGAACUACGAGUUUGACCACAAGUGGGAGAUGGAUGGUCCCUACAACUGGAAGAUCCUGGCAGAUAACUACAACGAGUGUUAUCACUGCCCGACAACACACCCCGACAUCCCAGCUCUGGCCGAUCUAGAAGCAUAUUAUGUCAACACAACCGCAAACCACAUUCAGCACGAGGUCGCAAGCAAACCUGAGCAGGUUGCUUCUGGCAUGACCGUGGUCCCAACCUACUACUUCCCCAACGCCUCCGUCAACGCAACACCAAACUUCUUCUUCAUGCAGCGAUUCGUUCCUCACGCAGCCGGCAAGGCAACCAUGAGCUACGAAGUCUACCGCAACAAGAACGCCACAGACGAGGACUUUGAAAAGAUCAACCAGAUGUACAAGCGCAUCAUGUCGGAAGACAAGGUCUUGUGCGAUGCCGCGCAAAAGAACGUCAACGCUGGCGUCUUCGUCAGCGGCCUCAUGCACCCCAGAAUGGAGAAGGGGCCACUUUACUUCCAGAAGUUGUGCAGAGAGGCAGUAACAGAACAUCACGACAAGGAAAAGGCUGCUGGCGGCAAGAUCCACCCGGCCAGACAGCAGAUGUCACAGGCUGAGAUUCAGAGCGAGAAAGAUAUUGACUUCUGCUCUGGACUGGCGUGUGGUGAGGAGCAGCAGGAGGCAUUGGCCUGGUGA